AUGGCAAGUACUGGGCUGUCUUAUUGGGGCAAUGUGCAAGCAUGCAAUGCACAAAGGCUGAUAUUAUGCAUAUCCUUUCAUGUAGCUUGUGCAGAUGCUGCAGGACCAAGGGAAAGGCCAUGUACGGGAAAGAGCUGUCCUCCACAGGGUGUUUGCCAGUGCCGACCUGACUAAACAGCUCCUGCGAGAUGUUGGCCGUCUGCUGGCUGUUACUCGGGACCAUCGGCUAGCCGACUUGUGGAGGGCAUUGUGCCACACCUACGUCACCAGCGAGACUCAGCAUGCGUUCGAUGAGGCGACCGGCGGGAUUGGCGAGGCGUUCGGGGAAUCCUCCGGCUCGCUGCGCGCGAUGUGGCGGGUUGUGGUGCGCGCGCGCCAGAGCCCACAAGAGGAAAUGGCUGCGGCAUGGCUCGCGGUCUUUGCCACGGCCAGCGAUGCGUUCCCUGGCUCCCUGCUGGCAAACCUAUUUGGUAUUGCGAGCAACCGUGGUCUUGAGACUCAGCAGGUGGUGGCUCGUGAGAUGGCCCUGGACGUCGCCGCAUUCUUCACGGCCCCGUUCGCUGCUGCCUCGGCAGCACGAGCCCAGGUCCUUCAGAGUCUCUAAGCCCCAUGGCUUGACUCCCUUCCAUUGGCAGCAGGGUCUCUGGGCCAUUGGGCGAUCCCUGGCAACCAGCGAGCUCCCAGAACCAGUGAGCCAGGCGCCGGCGUUCCCAGGGAGCAAUUGGCCUGGCACCGUACAGAGCUAGAAAGCCAGAACAGCCCAUGGCAUAGGGCCCGCCAGCUUGAAGUACCAGGAAAA